CUUCCUUCACCCCAAACAGUGGGCAACCGCUUGGCCGUUCGUUCUCUCAGACAGCAACGCUUCUCUUGGGAGAUCGCCAACGACCAAGCACGCGCCGUGCUGCGCGUCCAGCUAUCUCGUUUGCAUACACAUACGCAGCACAAAGGCCUGGUUCCCGGGGACGAGACGAGGAGGCCCUAUUACUGCAACGCACUUCGAGACAGGUAUACAACGCCUCAGCGCGUGGUUUCGUCCCGGCGAGCAGCAUGACGUCACCGUGGCGAGUGGCCGUGGUUGGCGGUGGCAUCGUGGGCCUCAGCGCUGCCGUGCGGAUUGCCGAGGAACUGGCAGCCGAGAAUGUCCACGUGACCGUGCUCGCCGAGCACUUCAGCCCGCACACCACGGGUGACGUGGCGGCGGGAUUCUUCAACCCAUACAUCGUCCACGGGGUCUCCGAGGAGAAGCUGAGAUCGUGGUGCGUAGACGGGUUCACCUUCUACCGGCACCUGGCCGAGAGCGCCGACUCCAAUGAACUGGGUCUGGCCAUUAUUCCCGCUUACAUCCUCACGGAAGAGCACACCCCGCGGCCUUCAUACGCCGACGCAUUCUUCCACUACAGAGACCUGACGGAAGGAGAACUCGAAUCGUUCCCCCCAAAAUAUAGGCACGGCAGCUACGUGAUUUCGCUGACUAUCGAAUGCAAGAAAUUUCUGCCGUACCUCAUGGAACGAUUUGAGAGCCGCGGAGGACGCCUGACGCAGCGCAGAGUGAAGAGCCUGGAAGAGCUAGCAGGCGAAUUUGACGUCAUCGUCAACUGCACAGGCUUCGGAGCCGGUGUGCUCGUUCCCGAUUCCAAGGUGCAUGCCGUCCGAGGCCAGACUAUCAGGGUGCACGCCCCUUGGAUCAAGCACGUCAUCGUCGCAGGUGAAGACUUCCACGUGAUACCAAACAUCGACGACGUCAUGUUGGGCGGCACCAAGGACGUCGGCAACACGUCGCUUAUUCCGGACAGGGACAUCGCCAGGAAGAUCUGGAACGGCUGCCUGGAAUUCGUACCAAGCCUCAAAAAUGCCAAGGUCAUUGGGCACUACGUGGGACUCCGUCCCGGAAGGAAUCCCCUGAGGAUCGAGAGAGAAGAUUACGCCUUGAAUGGCGGUGCUGGAAAGGUUCCGGUGAUUCACAACUAUGGCCAUGGAGGCUCGGGCAUCACCAUCGCGUGGGGAUGCGCAGGUGACGUCGUUCGUCUGGUGCGGGACUCGAUCCACGAGCGCUCAUCUGGCAGGUGUGAGACAAGAGCGAAAUUGUGAAAGGCCGCUCAAGACGAUGGCCCACUACAAGCGGCGGCUUGGUAUUCGUCGAAGUCGUCAGGUCACGCAUGAAGGUCGAAUAAUCAAUGCAGAAAAGCAUUAAGACGAUCCAGACUGCAUAAUUGAUCUUCUGUAACAAUAAACGAAUCACUUUCACACAUA